AGUUUCUCGUGGGUUGUUUUCCUCACAGGCUGUGAUAUUCUUCCAAGGCCUCAUCAACCACAGAUCCUGUAGGGGAAGCUCCCAGUUUCUUCAUCCACAAUAAUAAACUGGAUAUGAGUGGCCAGUAAUCUCCGAUCAUGCGCUAAGGACAAAGCAAGAAGAUCCAUGUCGGCUUAACAAGACGUGUCCAGUUCACCAGCCAACAACAUACCGAUGAAGAAUAAGAGCGAGCUGCGUGCCUGCUUCUGGAUUCUCGCUUUAAGGCCUGAGAAUGGAAACCGUAUCUGUUCCAGAGGGGAUAACAGAAUGUGAUCAACCAGUGUGCCAGUUAGAACAUGCGCCAGAGCUGGCAGCUUUGCCAGAAGCAACAGCAGAAAAGGAAGAAGACCAACCUCUUGGCCCGACACGUUCCUACGUCCUCUACAUUGGAAACUUGAAUCCCAAAUACUCACAGGAAGAUAUCUGCAGCAUGCUGAAGGAUAUUUUAGGCACGGCCAGCGUCACCCUCCAGCGGCACAACAUCGAAGUGAUCAGGAAGCGGAAGCAGGCCUAUGCCUUCGUGCAGGUGGCAACUGAAGCGAGCUUGGAGCUCGUCCUAAAACAGCUGCUGCUCGCGUCGGAAUCGGAGCAAGACCUAGCCCAGGAGCUGGUGAAGAAAGGCAAAACUCUGGUUGUGGGAUACGGCAAGAAAUUUGCGCUUGGGGGCAACGAUAGCAGAGAGACCAACUCCAUAGGGAGCAGCUUAGAAUCUCGUCUAGGAGGGUUGCAGGUGCCCAAGAUAACGAAGCCACCAUCCAGCGAAACCCAGACUAAUUCUGGCAGAAAGUUCGCUCAGCGUGCUUGGAGACUAACGGACCGGCCAGCUUUUCUAAGUGGCACUCGUUCUGACAGUGCCAUUGUCCAAAAAGAGAUUGUAGGCAAGGAACGCCUGUUCUUCGGUGCUUGCAUGGGCAAUGAGACGCGAAACGUGGAAUUUAAACGUGGCGGUGGGGAAUAUUUGACAGGCACUCUGAAGCAUCAUGUGCGAAAGUACGUGUGCGCAUUCCUCAACAGUGAAGGGGGAAGCCUUCUCGUGGGUGUAGAAGACAAUGGCUUCGUGCUGGGUGUCCGCUGUGACCACAAAGAUGAAGACAGGGUCCGCCUCCUCAUCGACUCCAUUCUGAAGGGUUUCAAGCCUCAAGUUUUUCCAUCAGCUUAUACACUGAGUUUCAUUCCUGUCAUUAAAGAUGAAGACACCGGCAUCUUCCUGAAAGUUAUCCGGUUAACUGUCCAUCCUCCCAAACAGCAUGCAGAACCUCUUCUUUACGAGACAGACCAAGGCGAAGUGUACAUACGGCGAGAUGGCAGCAUUCAAGGCCCUCUCUCUGGGAGUGCCAUUCAAGAGUGGUGUCGGCAGAAAUGGACAGAGGAGAUCAAGAAGCUGGAGGAGAAAGCAGAGACUUUGUUGAAAGAGAAGGAGGAGCUGCGACAGCAGAUACAACAGAACACCAGCCCGCGAUGCUGCGCCUUCAUGUAACCGCCAGAGCACUACGACAAAACCAGCCAAAGUAGUUAACGUGCUGGAAGUAAACAGAGGCCAAGAGAAAGCUCGA